GCCGUAGGCGCCCUCCGGAGCCCAUGGCCGCCGCGCCGCAGCCCGGCGAGCCCGCCAAGGGGAAGACCUUUAAGCUCCUAGGAAUUCUAGAUGUUGAGAACAUCCCCUGUGCACGAGACUCCGUAUUAUACGGUUCCUUAGGAUCGGUCGUAGCUGGCCUCGGACAUUUUUUGUUAACUAGUAGGAUUAGAAGAUCAUGUGACGUCGGAGUAGGAGGAUUUCUCUUGGUCACAUUAGGAUGCUGGUUCCAUUGUAGGUAUAAUCACGCAAAGCUAAGAAUCCAGGAAAGAAUGGCCAGAGAAGGAAUUAAAAAUAAGAUUCUGUAUGAAAGUACCCACCUUGAUCCUCAAAGAAAACCAGCCGAUGGCAGUGGGUGACCUCGAGCACAGAAAACCUAGCUACAAGCCCAAGGUCCACGCUAGUAAACCCUGUAUGUGCCGUGACUUUCAACCAAGUAAAUAAAGUAUGUAUUAGUUGUA